AUGAAGAACUUUGUUAUAACUUUUAUGGUUCUAUCCAUAAUUGCUGAUAUCACCUCAGCUAAGAAGCUGCGUCUGAUCAACGGUGUGAAUGGUGGUUUGGUUACUGGUGUAAAUGGAGUUAACCCUGUACUGGUGGGUGGUCUAAACCCACCCGUGCUUCCUGGCGGUCCUGCUGUUAUAGGACAGCCUCCAUUAACACAGAUUCUGCCUGCAGCUGCUCUUCCUCCAUAUGUGCUUCAGCAGCCACCUGUGGCCGCAGUUCCCUACGUUCCCCCUAACAUCGGACCUCAAUUGGCUUACCCUUUCGCUUUGCCUAAUGGGGGGUUGCCAUAUUACAUCGGUGGGCCCCAGAAUCAACCAGCCAUGAUCCCUCCGCAACAACAAGUUGCGGGUGGACAAGGCCCUACAGGAAAUAUUCAAGCUGUACCACCAGGCUCACUGACUAGAUUUAAGCGCUCCUUCCUCAGAAGGACCACUGCAAGUCCGCCUGUUUCAAUCGCCCAGAUGCCAUCUCAUGUCAACCCUGCUGUGUCUGGAAAUCCUGUUGGGUAAAUCUGAGUGAAGCAUGUUUUUGAAUAGUUAAGAUACUUCCAAGAGAUCUUCUCUUCUUUACAAUAAAUGUCAUUUUGUAUUUAGAAUGUUACAGAAUCAUUGCUGAUGAGUAAAAUGUACUAUGGUAAAAUGUCUAAUGCUUUGCUUUAUAGCCU